UGAGUCGGUUUCCUGAAUCCAACCACAUUCGCCUCCAGCUAUCAUAGUAGGCAAACUGUCCACGAAGUGCCUCCAACAUCGGCCGUCCUUCGAGCCUGAAACCGACGCAAGAAUCGGACACUUUAACACGCAGCCCAGUGGAUUCAUGGAUAUGUUACCGCAGCAUGUCAGUCACACUUCAUACCACUCAUGGUGACCUCAAGAUCGAAAUCUUCUGCGAGUCUGUACCCAAGACGGCCGAAAAUUUCCUAGCCCUUUGCGCCUCUGGAGCCUACAAUGGGACUCCAUUCCACCGCUUGAUACCUGAUUUCAUGAUCCAGGGAGGCGACACUUCACUCUCGCCUCAAAACACCGCAGAUAACCCCAUUGUCAAAGGUGGAACAUCAAUAUGGGAAGAGUACUUUGAGGACGAGAUCAAAAUUCCUGCACUGAGACAUAGCGGCCGUGGAAUGGUGUCAAUGGCAAAUAAAGGCCCGCAAACAAACGGCAGCCAGUUCUUCAUCACGUUCAAGGAGGCGCCCCAUCUAGAUGGCAAGAAUACUGUUUUCGGACGAGUCAUCGAUGGCGCAGAGGAGAAUGGCACACUCGAAAAGAUGGAGAGUGUCGAGGUGGACAAGAAAUAUCGCCCAAAGAGCGAGAAAAUCGUGCUGGAACGAGUGACGAUACACGCAAAUCCUUUGGCAAGUUGAGAAAAGACGGUGAGGGCUCCAGCUGCUUGAUUUACGUGGUACAAGUCUACGCUUGGCACCUCGACACCGAAGACGGUGUCAGAGGUCCAGCCACCAUGGGUGGGCGCAGAUGUGCGGUCGCCCGUUGACAGGGAGGUUUCGAGACGUUCUUGAGGCAAGCAUUGAUCAAGGACGUAUCUCGUAUCGAUACUUCGUGGCUCCCGAAAUCCGGAGCGUGGGUUGAGCUUCACUCGAACAGCCGCCCAGUAUGCGGACUGUGGGAUUCAAUGUCUUGCACGACAAGCGUGAUGCUGAGUACCAUGUCAACCAUAUCUCGGAAGACUCGUGCGUACGUGCUGGCCAAGCCUGGGCUGGUCGUGGCUGGCCCAACAUACCGAAGGGGCUUACGAAAAUGUCCGCAGUGCUGCAGGCGGACUUUUGAAAUCAGGCACCACCACAGAUCUUGGCCCCGCAGCUGUCGAGCUUGAUUUGUCGCAUACCAAGCGGCACUGACGUCCGCAAUUCUGGCGGAAUGUCUCCAGUGUCGUGGAGGAGGGACUCGUAGACUCGCUGCGUUUGGGGGCCGUGCCGUGGCCAUUAUUAUGUCGAAUUGGUAGCAGGUCGGCCCCAAGUAGUGAACGAGGGAGGAUAAGGCUGAAGUCUCAGGAAUCGAGAUGUUGAUACUCCGUAAUGAUGGCGUGGUGUUCCGACUAGCGCCAGCCAUUACUGUACUCGUAGCGGUCGUGAGUGGUCCAUUCCAGAUCGACAAAAGUUGAAGGGAGGUAUCAUGGAGCGCUGACAUGCGCUGGUCUGCGUGUGCGCAUGGGUGUUACCUAAGGUUUAUAGGGCUGGAGUCCCCAAAGACGAGCGAGGAAUGGGCUUAUUAGCCACGGCUGGGCUUGACAGUCCAUUAAACGGAGGUGUCAUUGGCGG